CUGACUGAUGUGAAAGAGACCAGACACCCAGCUCCACCAUGAAGAUGACGGGAGUCUUUUUACUCCUCACUCUGGCAGUUUUCUGCUUUUCUGGUGCUGCCAGUCAAAAUGGGAGCCAGGUUGACUGCAGUGAAUUUAAGAAUGUAGAGAGAGGUAGAGAGACCUACUGUUCAAAGAUCUACCAACCUUAUUGUGGCUCUGAUGGCAAAACCUAUAAGAACAAGUGUUCCUUUUGUGCAGCAGUCACGAAAAGUAAUGGGACAUUGAGUCUGAAGAAAACUGGGUAAGUUGUGCAAAAAUUAACAUGAGGAACCCUGCUGCAGGUCUGAGGAUGAAUGAAAGUGCUUUCACUUUCCACAAGCAGAUCACCGCACAGAGACACA